AUGAAUAUGCCAAAUAUCAUGGAGACGAUCUCUAGCAUUCUCAAAACCCUCAGGCUGGACCAGAGAGUUUUGCGACCCAGACCAGAGCUCGCGGAUUCGACCAUUACUGACAUUAUAUCUCCCAUCAGAACCGCCGAGAUCGCGGCCAACGCGCCCAGAUACCGCCGCAAGAGCUCGACGUUCAUCGACGGCAUUCAUGAUGUCCCCGAGGAUCAGGACAUGGCCCCGGCCCAACUCUACAGCACCAUGUCUGGCCGGUUGUUCCACUCAGGCCGCAUAGCCAUCGUCAUGGUCGGCCUCCCUGCUCGCGGAAAGACUCACAUCUGUGUGUCUAUGGCACGCUACCUCGGCUGGUUGGGUGUCAAGACACGUAUAUUCCAUCUCGGUGAUUACCGUCGCGCGACAGUCGGCAAGGGUGGCAUUGUCCCCGAGGAUUACUUCUUCCCGGACGCUUCUCCUCAGUCAGUGAUCCUGAGACAGAAAAUCUUGAAGAAGUGCCGCGAGGACAUCUACGCCUGGUUGAACCACGAGAAUGGCCAAGUCGCCAUCUACGACGCCGUCAACCCCACUGCCGCAGGUCGUCGCGCGCUGGCAAAAGAACUUGCCAAACACGACGUCCAGACUCUCUUCAUCGAGUCCUUUGUCGACGACGAGUCUAUCUUGCGCGAGAAUGCUCGCAAUGUCAAGAUCUCGUCCCCCGAUUUCGCCGGCAUGGACCCCGACGAGGCCGCCAAGCUCUACCUCCGCCGCAUCGACAUGAAGAUCCCCGUCUUCGAGACGAUGAACGAGAAGGAGCUCAACUACAUCAAGAUGAUCAACGCCGGCAGGAAGUUCUUCUACAACAACGUCUCCUUUAACUACCUCUCCCACCGCAUCGUCUUCUACCUCACCAACCUGCACAUCAAGUCGCGCACCACGUACUUCGUCCGCGCCGGCGUUACCACCGAGGAGGACUCCUACAAGGCCGACGCCCCCCUCUCCGAGCAGGGCAUGGCCUACGCCGCCCGCAUGUCCGAGGUCCUCCUCAAGCACCGCGAGCAGGAGCGCACCGCCCUCAUCGAGAAGGGCGGCCCCUCCGUGCCCCUCCGCCCCCUCUCGGUCUGGACCUCCACCCGCCGCCGCACCGUGCAGACCGCCGACUACCUCAAGAACAAGGGCUUCAAGGUCCGCCAGCGCUCCCAGAUGAGCCAGAUCAACCCCGGCGUUUGCGAGAAGAUGUCGGAGCGCGCCAUCCGCCACAUCUACCCCGAGGAGGUCGAGAAGCACGAACUCGACCCUUACCACCACAGAUACCCCCGCGCAGAGUCCUACCACGACCUCGCCGUCCGCCUGGAGCCAAUCAUCCUCGAGCUCGAGCGCGAGCAGAGCGACCUCCUCAUCAUCGCCCACGAGUCCGUCCUCCGCGUCCUCUACGCCUACCUCAUGCACUGCGCCACCAUGGACAUCCCGACCCUCAAGUUCCCCCGCGACGAGAUCAUCGAGAUCAUCCCCGCCGCCUACCAGAACGAGGCCAAGCGCAUCCACAUCCCCGGCAUCGACCCCAAGAUCACCCCCGGCUCCCCCGAGGACAUCCGCAUCCCCGUCCCCGGGGGCAGCGGCCCCGCCAGCGGCAACAUGUCGCCCAUCCCCGGCCUCUCGACCCCCGCCGAGCCCGCGGAGCGGCCCCCCGAGAAGGUCAUCAACAAGGCUGUGGAGAUGGUGGCUGAUCGCCAGAACGAUGAGGAUUAA